CAUUUUGCGAUAGCCAGUGUUAUCGAUAGUCAAGUUCUGAACUAGCAUUGUUUUGGUUUUUCUUUGUUUUCAGUUUUACAAUUGUUGGUCAAUUUGCAAUUGGACAAAUGGAGCAGCAGCUAGAAAAAGUGUUGAGUGAAAUCGUAACACAACAAGACACCGUGGGUGCGUUACUGGCGAAUCGGCAAGGGCUCUGCUUGGGCGCCAAAGGCAAUAUCAAUCCCCAUGUAUCUGGAAUUGGUACGGCCAUAUCCGAGCAGGUGGCCAAGCUGGAGCCGACUAGCACUGUGCCAGCCACAGUUUGUCUGUACAGCGGCAAUAAGCGCUGUCUUAUACAAAAGGAUGGGGAAAUAACGGGAAUCAUUUAUAAGCAAACAACAACAGCAUCGACAUCAACCGGCAAUUAGCAUGCUGUCGAGUUCCUCGUGUCUUGGGCCAAAUUGAGACAAAUUUCUUCCAAAUGCGCUCGAGUAUUGCAGCAAUAGCUGGGAUAGCCAUAAAGCGACACACACACAGCCUUAGCAACACACACACACACACACAGCCACAGCGAUUGUUAACUUGAGCU